UCGCGUACGUCGUGGAUUGCUUUUAUUUCUUUGGGUUUGAGCGGAUUCGCGUAGGUGUUCGUUGCUCCGGGUGUUCGACGCUGUUCGACGCUUGUGAAGGGUUUUGUGUCGCAAACGUGUCAAUAAAUGAAGGCGCAACGUCGCCGGCUGACUCGAUGUAGAGUGUACGCGUUUCACCGACGGUGCGUUUUACUUUCUAAAUUAACAGAAUUUUAACGGCAAGCAGGUAUACCAGGGAAGUGGUUGUGAGCAAAGGGACGGUAUACCUUCCGGAGCUUUACUGUACCUGGCACAUAAUAGAACUCUUGUGCGAUGAAACUCGAGUUUUCGCCCCACUGGGUGAAGUGUCGCCGUGAUUUGCGUGUUACUAUAAACACUGCUAUUAACGAGUGCGUUCGGCUGUUCCUUUGGCCCCCUCGAUGAAGUAACCGAUUUGCGAUUCGUGUCAACCGAGUGGAAUCGAGUUGCACGGUAGAUCGUCGGAGAGACCUCGAAACUUGCUAUACUUGUGCAAAGACAUAAGUAGAUUUGAAACUUUUGUAAUGCGAUUCAACUUGUGCGUCGUUCUUCGUUUGAAUGAGCUAUCUUUUAUCGAUUCUCCAAAGGCUUUGAUAAUUCAUAACGCAACAGGAUGAAUGGAUUUAGCACAGGCGAAGAAGAUUCUAGGGGAGCGGCCGAUCAGGUGUGUUGCCUGGUGGACGAAGGAGAACGAUGUUCACGACCAGCUGGCAAUGCUUCUUAUAGCAAACGGAUUCAAAAAACCGUAACUCAAAGGAAGCUGAAAUUGAAUCUGGAUAACAUGGCCCGUCACAUAUAUAUUUGUGAUUAUCAUAAGCAAGUAAUCCAGUGUGCAAGAUCAAAGCAGCAGCAGCAGCAACAAUAUCGGAGGAAAGAUUCAGAAGAAGAUUCAGGUGAAACGGAUAACGAUCUUCCAGAAGUAGAUCUUUUUCAAUUGCAAGUGGGUACUCUGAGACGUUAUAAACGCCAUUACAAAGUUUCUACACGGCUUGGUUUCAAUAAAGCACAAUUAGCUGAUACUCUUAUGAAACAUUUCAAAACUAUCCCCGUAGUAGAAAAAGAAGCACUCAGUUUUUUUAUUUACACAGUCAAGACGAAUGCAAAUAAGUUAGAUCAAAAAAAUGGAUUGAGCAGUGACACUACAUAGUCUUUUUGAAUCUUCAAGCCUGUGGACGUAAUCAAUCUAGUGAGAUAUGAAAUAUAAGUAUAGCUUUUUACUUGUUAUUAAAUGUAGAUACUUUUUAAGAAUAAAGUACAUAUGAUAAUGCUUAUUAACAUUA